AUGAGCGAAAGUAAGACGGAACCACCGCCUACACUCUUCAUCUGUGACCUGUGUGGUUUAAACAGCCCAUUCUCCUAUUAUGGCCAGAAACCACCCAACACCAGAGCUAUCGUGCUACUUGAGGAGUGUUUCGUGGCCAAAGAUCCCUUCAGUCCGGAUAAGGAGAAGUUUCUCAUAUUGGGCUCUUGCUGUAGCCUCUGCGACAAGUGUGUGUGCGUGGGAGCGGACUGCAGCCUUUUCUACACCAAGAGGUUCUGCAUGCAAUGUGUGAACCAGCACCUGGACCAGUUCCCCCAUCAGAUCCGUGCCGAGCUGGCCAAGAGGAGGCAGAGCUCCAGCACCACAGUGUCAUGA